GCACUGAAAAUUACUUGUACAGUUGUACUCAUGGCUUCUACUAUCUUUCAAGCAUUCUCAAGCUUAAUCUUCCUCUUCACAGUGCUUAUUCUCCCUGUAUUCUCUACCAAUCAAUCACCCUUUGGGUUCCUCGAGAAUAUGCAAGGUUCCCACAAGGGUGAUCAAGUUGAAGGCCUCUAUGAGCUGAAGCAAUAUCUAAACAAAUUCGGUUAUCUAAACAUUCAAAACCUCCAAUCCACCAGUGUCGAAAAAGAUGACCGUUUCGACGACCUCCUCGAGGCCGCCAUCAAAACCUACCAACUCAAUUACCACCUCAACCCAACCGGAGCCCUGGACUCCUCAACAGUCUCCACCAUGAUGUUACCUCGAUGCGGCGUCUCCGAUAUCAUGAUCGAUGGAACCUCCCGAAUGCGAGCAGGCCAAAAGAAGAUGAACCAUCCUCGAAAGUCCAUGCAUGCAGUCUCGCAUUACCAAUUCUUCAGCGGCUCACCAAAAUGGCCACUCGACAAAGCCAAUCUAACAUACCUAUUCAACGCCAACACUUCUUCGAAUGCCACGAGCGCGAUUGCGCGGGCUUUCGAUAAAUGGGCUGCUUCCACGCAUUUCACAUUUACACAAAUAUUUCUUGAUAAUUCAACCGUGUUGCCUAACGUGACAGCUGAUAUUAGAAUCGGGUUUUACAGCAAGGAUCAUGGAGACGGGUAUCCUUUCGAUGGGCCUUACGGAGUCCUAGCCCAUGCCUCGGCGCCAACUAGUGGAAGCUUUCAUCUUGAUGCGGAUGAGCCGUGGUCGAUUGGUCCAGUUGCGGAUCAUAUUGACUUGGAGACGGUGGCUCUGCACGAGAUAGGGCACCUUCUAGGGCUGGAACAUAGCUCGGUUGCGGAGGCUAUAAUGUUCCCCUCGGUUUCGGAUGGAGUGGCUAAGGAGUUGCAUGGUGACGAUGUUCAGGGAAUAAAAGACUUGUACAAUAAACCCUGAAAAUUAUCUUACAAAGCACAUGCCCUCAUAUUUUUUUUUAUUAUUUCAAAUCAUUAUAUGAUUUAUAUAAUAUGGAAAUCAUUGUGUAUUCAAUAUAAAAUACAAUUAUGUA